AUGUCAGCCAGAUCUGGCAGUGCAAGACAGUAUGAAACUAGUGGCCAGCUGCCUGGUCAUUCAGGUUCUCCACCAAUUGCAGAUUCUAGUGAGACUGAGGCUGAAGGCUUGAUAUUUUAUCACAUGGAUCUUUAUGGAUCAAAGGAAAGGUUUGAUAUCUUUCCCGAGGAGCCAUCUGGUCAAGCAGACAGAUCUCGGGGGAAUAGCAGAAAGGAACCUGCAUUGAGCACUGAAAAAAUUCAGCACUCACAAGAAGCUGGAUAUGACUUGGAAAAGGAGGUUGCAGAGCUGGCCAAGAUGUACGGACUUGAUGAGGAUAAAGAAAAAGAGCUUGAGCUUCUUGGAGGACAUCUGGAGACGGUGGAGAGAAGAUGGCCACCGGCUCACACACAAAAAGCAGGAUCGCAAGGCUCUGUAUACAGUGCAUCAAAAAGCAGCUCUCCAGUAAAAGAUCAAAGUACAAAGCAACAGGGACUUCCUGGCGAGGCUUCUCAAGAUGAAGAUCAGAGCAAAGCCAUAGCAGAGGAUGACACCGAGAGCCACAUGUGGUCCAGAGAGGGGCUGAGCAGCGGUGGCAUGUCAGAUGAGCAGAGCAGCCAGGCUGUCAGUGAGGAGGAGGAAACAGCAGAUGUUUUUUGCUCUACCUGCAAGAUGCCAAUCCGAGCCUUUGACAAACUGUUUGGUGAGCACAGGGAUCAUGAGGUGGCUCAGCUCUCCAAUGCCGUGGAGAGUGAGAAGGAGGAGAUUCAUAAAAACAUGUGCAAAUUGGAAGAACAGAUUGCUCAGAUAGAAAACUUUGCCAGUCACUUGGAAGAAAUCUUCAUCACUGUAGAGGAGAAUUUUGGGAGGCAGGAGCAGAACUUCGAGGUGCAUUACAACGAUGCAGUGCAAGUGCUUGCUCAGAAGUACGAAGAACAGUUGGAAGCUCUGGGGGAAGAGAAGAGGCGGAAGCUGGAAGCAUUAUAUGGGCAGCUCGUCAGCUGUGGGGAACAUCUUGACACCUGUAAGGAGCUGACAGACACAACCCAGGAGCUUUACCUGGAAAAUGACAAAGCCAAGUUUAUGAAGGCAGCGGUAACCAUGGUUGACAGACUGGAAGAAUUCUUAAAGAAGGAAGUGGAUUUAGAGCUUUCAACACUGCCAGACUUUGAAGAACGCAUCAUAGAUUUCUCAGAAGUUGAACAACUAAUGAACUCUAUUAAUACUAUUCCAGCUCCUUGUGCCCCUGUGAUCAAUCCCCAGGCUCCCAACGCAGCGACUGGAACCUCACUGAGAGUUUGCUGGGGCCUCUUCUCAGAUGACACUGUUGAGUGCUACCAGCUGUGCUACAAACCAGUGAGCAAUGAGAGGCAUGGUGACGAGCAAGCAGAGCAUGUGCUAAAAGUCAAAGAAACUUACUGCACCAUUACUAAUCUGUUGCCAAAUAUACAAUACGAGUUUUGGGUCAGUGCUUUAAAUGCUUCUGGCAUCAGUCCACCAAGUGAAAGAGCUGUUUAUGUAACAGCUCCUUCACCACCUAUAAUUAAGAGUAAAAAGAUACGAAGCUGUGAAAAUGCAGCACUAGUGUGCUGGGAAUCUAGAGACAUUAACCCCGUUGAUUCCUACAUGGUCGAAUUGUCCAAGCUGACAGAUGAAGAAAAUGACGACACUGUUACUGAAUCUAUUGUUGGGAUUCCCAACUGUGAAGUCCUAAUUCACCUCCAGCCAAUACAAAGCUAUCGCAUCUGUGUUAGAGCCUUAAACCUGGGUGGUUCCAGUGAAAGAAGUGAGCCUGUCCUGAUACACACCACAGGCACCUACUUCUGUCUUAAUGAGGACACAGCCCAUCCUUUAUUGGCAAUCCUAGACGAUGGAUUUACAAUUGCCUGUGAUGAACUGGAAAACCCGGAGUGUGAUCUGCCCGUCUAUGAUAACAGCUUUACAAGGUGUAUUGGGAUCCUGGGCAGUCUGAUCCCAUUCCCAGGAAAGCAUUACUGGGAGGUGGAAGCUGAGGAAGAUACAGAGUACAGAAUUGGUGUGGCUUUUGAAAACACUCCAAGACAUGGUUAUCUGGGGGCAAACAACUCAUCCUGGUGCAUGAGGCACAUCAUCACACCAUCAAGGCACAAAUACGAAUUCCUGCACAGCGGGAUGACACCAGACAUCAGAAUUACCAUUCCCCCCACAAGGAUUGGCGUCCUGCUGGACUACGAGAACUACAGACUGUCGUUUUUCAAUGCUGAUAUUGCCCAGCACCUUUACACGUUCAAUUCACACUUCCAGCAUUACGUCCACCCCUGCUUUGCUUUGGAAACACCUGGUAUCCUACAGAUACGUACUGGCAUUGCAGCACCCCCAUGGACAGCCCUCCCAUAA